AUGGCAUCACAGCAACAUGGUGACAAAAACACCAACACGAAGGCAUGGAAGCCUGGCAACAAAGACAAGAAGGACAUGAUCAUAGUGGCAACACGAACACAAGCACCAGGGUGCGACCAGCGACUAGACAAAUGCAAGCAUGAGCAGGUGCAGGAGUUCAAGCACAAAAGGAUGGAGGAGCGUGGGUGGGUGGAGGACGAUGAGCAGGUGGAAGGCAAUGAGCAGUUGGAAGGCAAUGAGCGGGUGGACAACAACGAGUGGGGAGAGGACAAGUGGGUGGAUGAUGAUGAGUGGGGAGAGGAUGACAAGCGGGUGGAUGACAAUGAGCAGGCGGACAAUGAUGAGUGGGCAGAUGACAACGAGUGGGUGGACAACAACGAGUGGGCGGACAACAACAAGCAAGCGGACAACAACGAGAGGGUGGACGACGAGCACGGGCAGGGGGAGGAAGACAAGCAGGAGCUAGGGUGGGCGGUUGGUGAUGGGAGGUCAGCCUUGUCUCCCCAUCCACCUGCUGCUCCUCUCUUGCCUUGCCCUCUCCCUCUCCCAUGGGUGACUACAGGAUAA